AUGAAUCCAGCCACAGAUCCCUGGAUAAUUACACAACGAGAAAAACUGAAAUAUGUGGAACAAUUUAAGGCAUUACAGCCGCAGAAUGGUUUUGUUACCGGCGGCCAGGCAAAGGGUUUCUUUUUGCAAUCACAAUUGCCGCCUUUAAUACUUGGACAAAUAUGGGCACUGGCUGAUACAGAUUCCGAUGGCAAAAUGAACAUAAAUGAGUUCAGUAUUGCAUGCAAGCUAAUCAAUUUGAAAUUACGUGGCAUGGAAGUACCCAAAGCGUUGCCACCAUCGCUAUUGGCUUCGCUAAGUACCGGAACGACACCAACUCUGACACCAACAGGCGCUGGUAGCCUAAGUCCAUUGGAAGCAACAAAAACCGCUGUGGCGGCGGCUGCCCAAAAGCCCGAAGUACCACCAAUGCCCACAGCAGCUGCAGUGCCCACCUCAGCGGCCGCUCCAUUGGUACCAAUGCCCGGGGCUGUGCCCAUUGUCCCCGGCAUGGUUCCCGGUUCUUUGCCAGGCAUUGUGCCACAGGCUAAUAUGGCUCCGGCAGCCAUGGCUGGAAUACCACCAAUGCAACAAAUGACUGGCGCUGUGCCAGUAAUGCCUGCCGCAAUGCAGGCCGGUAUGAUGCAUGGUGGUGUUGCCGGUGUUCCCGGGGUGCCAGCUGUUGCUGGUAUGCCAGUGGUAACACAACCAGCUGCAAUGCCAGGCAUACCGCCCAUGAUGCCUGGUGGCAUGGUGCCUGGUGUGGCACCCACGGUUCCUGUUGUAGGCGGCAUGGUGGCGGGUGGUGUGGCACCGCCACCAAUACCACCACCAGUAUCUGUGGCAGCGAAAGUAAUUUCACCACCAAAUGCAGUGGCUGCAGCAGCUGUGGCCGCCACACCCACACCACCGGGUAGUAAUCCACCAAGUCGCAAUAUGUCCAUAUCGGAAAGGGCACCAUCAUUGGAAUCACCACAAGGAGAAUGGGCUGUCAAGGCCCCAGCCAAACGCAAAUACACUCAAGUCUUCAAUGCCACAGAUCGUAAUCGCACGGGCUAUUUAACUGGACCCCAGGCCCGUGGCAUUUUGGUACAAAGUAAAUUGCCACAAGCCACACUGGCUCAAAUCUGGACUCUUUCUGAUUUGGAUACCGAUGGCCGUCUCAGUUGUGAUGAAUUUAUAUUGGCCAUGUUUUUGUGCGAUAAGGCCAUGAAUGGUGAAAAAAUACCCGCCACUUUGCCGGCUGAUUGGAUACCACCUAGUUUUCGUAAAAAUAAAUCUCGGCAGGGCUCUGUGUCGGGUCCCAUUUCAAGGCCUGGCUCACAGCCAGGAUCUCGACAUGCCUCGGUUUCAUCUCAAGGGGCCGGCGAUGCCGAUCCUUUGGCUGGACUACCACAAACCUCUUUCGAAGACAAACGCAAAGAGAACUUUGACAAAGGUCAGGCUGAGCUGGAUAGACGUCGUAAAUUAUUACAGGAUCAGCAGCGCAAAGAAAAGGAGGAACGUGAACGUAAAGAACGUGAAGAGGCCGAAAAACGUGAAAAGGCCCGGCUUGAAGCUGAACGCAAACAACAGGAAGAACUUGAACGUCAGCUGCAGAAGCAGCGUGAACUCGAAAUGGAAAAGGAGGAACAACGAAAACGGGAACUUGAAGCCAAAGAAGCUGCUAGGAAAGAAUUGGAAAAACAACGUCUCUUGGAAUGGGAACAGGCACGCAUUGCCGAGCUGAAUUCUCAAAAGCAACGUGAACAGGAACGUGUACUCAAGCAAAAAGCCCACAAUACUCAAUUAAAUGUGGAAUUGAGUACAUUGAAUGAAAAGAUCAAAGAUCUUUCACAGAAAAUUUGUGAAACACGUGCUGGCGUGACCAAUGUCAAAUCGGUUAUUGAUGGAAUGCGUUCACAGCGUGACACAUCCAUGUCGGAAAUGUCCCAGCUAAAAGCUCGUAUCAAAGAACAAAAUGCCAAAUUAUUGCAAUUGACACAGGAGAAAGCCAAAUGGGAUGCCAAAGCCAAGGCGGCCGGUGCCUUGGGUGAUGCCGGCCAACAGGAGCAGUUGACAGCAGCAUUUGCAAAUAAACAACUAAUAAUCAAACAACUCAAAGACAAAGUGGAAAACAUCCGAAGUGAAAUUGAAUCUAAAAAAGAAGAUAUCAAUUCCCAUGACAUACAAGUGACCGAAGUGAAGGCAGAACUUUCCGAACUUAUUAAAAAGUGUGAAGAAUUAUAUGCCGAUUAUGAUAAACAGCGAACACAAGUUCUGGAAAUGAAAUAUAAUAAAAAGAAUGAAAAUGUUACCGCGACCUCGGCAUGGGACACAGGAUCGGCAUGGGGUGCAACCACAACAUCAAGUAUUGAUCAAUAUUCGUUGGCAAAUGACAAUAGUACAGCUGUGGCAUCCACUACGGCUGUAUCUUCUGCAAUGGAUAAUGCUGUUGUGGCGGAUACAAGCGGUCCGGCCCCUGAAGGUUUUGUUAAAUACAAAGCGGUGUAUGAAUUUACAGCUCGCAAUGCGGAUGAAAUAUCUUUUGUGCCUGGUGAUAUUAUAUUUGUACCGUUAGAACAAAAUGCUGAACCUGGUUGGUUGGCGGGUGAAAUAAAUGGCCAUACGGGAUGGUUCCCCGAGACCUAUGUGGAAAAAAUGGAAGAGGAUUUGGCGCCCACGGAGAGUUAUACCACUGCGCAAGAUACCUACAAUGAUAAUAGUCAGGGUUAUGGGUAAGGGUUUUUAAAGGAGACAUUUUUGGGAAUUGAAAAAAAUAAUUUUUGAAAUUUUUUUGUUUUUAGAACCACUUCUACGGACGCCGUGGCUGCAGAUCCUACCUACAAUGGUGAUGUUGAGUAUUACAUAGCCGCCUAUCCCUACGAAUCUGCUGAAGCUGGAGAUCUCACCUUCAGUGCCGGUGAAAUGGUAAUGGUGAUAAAGAAAGAAGGUGACUGGUGGACGGGUACAAUAGGCAAUCGCACGGGCAUGUUCCCCUCAAAUUAUGUACAAAAAGCAGAUGUGGGUGGUGCGGCCCCCACCAUCACAGAUACAACGGCCCAAUAUGAUGAUGCCUACAGCAAGGAUAACACAUACAAUGGCAAUGCUCAUCAUGAUCAAAUAACCGAAAAUGCUUCGACUGCUUUGUCAGAUAAUACGCUUGCCGCCGCCGCCUCGGAUACCCAAUUAACCAAUGAACAAAUGAACCCUGCCGCCGCCUCCUCCUCCUCCACCUCGAAUAUAGUCGAUAGCAAUGCGACUCACGAUGAUGCGGCAGCUGUGGCGGCCGAAGAGACCCGAACCAAUGAGGAACUGGAUACGGAAGUCUCACAAAUCAAUACACAAUCUAACAAUAAAACACAAUCAAGUGAACCUGCUGAAUCGUAUAGUCGUCCCAUGUCACGUACUUCUUCCAUGACUCCAGGCAUGCGAGCCAAACGUUCCGAAAUAGCACAAGUUAUUGCACCCUAUGAAGCUACCAGUCCUGAACAGCUGUCGCUGACUCGUGGCCAACUCAUAAUGAUCCGUAAGAAAACCGAAACCGGUUGGUGGGAAGGUGAACUACAGGCCAAGGGACGUAAACGUCAAAUCGGUUGGUUCCCUGCCACAUAUGUCAAAGUGUUACAAGGUGGUCGUAACAGUGGCCGUAAUACUCCCGUUUCCGGCAGUCGAGUUGAGAUGACCGAAACUAUAUUGGACAAAGUCAUUGCUCUGUACCCGUACAAAGCACAAAACGAUGAUGAAUUAUCAUUUGACAAAGAUGAUAUUAUCAGUGUACUGGGCCGAGAUGAACCCGAAUGGUGGCGCGGUGAAUUGAAUGGUCUUACCGGUUUGUUCCCCAGCAAUUAUGUUGGACCAUUUGUGACGUCCGGAAAUGUAUAACAAGUUAUGCCAGCCCCAGCUUACUAAA